AGGAAUUACAAUUGUUAGCAGAUUUUCAAAAUUAUAACAACAUGUUUCGUUUAGUGUUUCUAGUUUGUAUUGCUGCUCUAGCUGCAGCAAAACCUCAUGCUGAACCAGCUGAGUUUACAGUCUAUAGCAGUCGAGUUCCUGGUGAUCAACUUAUUUUCGAAUCAUCACAUGGAAGACAAAAUGUAAAUUUCUUCGGAAAGGCUACUUUCGAAAUUGACUAUCCACAAAAUGGAUCUCGUUCUCCCUACAUCAUUACACAUAUUGAAGUUUUAGCAUUGAGAGAAACUACUGGAUUGAUGCAAACCGAUUUGUAUGGCGGAAUUGGAACAGAUUUUAUGAGACUUAAACUUAUUGCAAAUAGUGUCCUUGAUGGAAGUUAUAAAGUUACUGUUUAUGGUAAAAAGAAGUGAAAAACUUAAAUAAAUGUUCUGAUGUAUUUGAAAUAAAAUUGAAAAUUUUACUAAAUAAA